AUGUCGUUGUGCAUUCCGCCUACCCCUCCUCUUUCACCGGGCGAAUCAAGCAAGCGUAUCCAUGCCACACGUAUCUUUUGCGGUUUGAAUCCCAUCUGGCGCCAUUUGGUGUUUGUUUUCAUAUCGGCGAAUACGUACAUACCACGUACCGUUCGAAGCCCCCACACGUACGAUUUCUCCCUGUCAUGUCCAAAAGCAGUGAACACGGCAUGA